GCCAAUAUCCCGGCAUACUUUGAGAAAUUGUGCGCUCGUGUCCGGGCCUGCUGAGCGUUAGUUGGAAAUCUCAGGAUAAUUUUUAUCUUGUGUGGUGUACGAUGGCGGGGAUUUUAUUUGAGGAUAUAUUUGAUGUGAAAGAUAUUGACCCAGAAGGUGUAAAGUUUGAUAGAGUUUCUCGCCUGCAUUGUGAAAGUGAAUCCUUUAAAAUGGACCUGAUACUUGAUGUAAACAUUCAGAUUUACCCUGUUGAACUUGGUGAUAAAUUUCGUCUAGUAAUAGCAAGUACUUUGUAUGAAGAUGGAACACCAGAUGAUGGAGAAUACAACCCUACAGAUGACCGGCCAUCUAGAGCAGACCAAUUUGAAUAUGUCAUGUAUGGAAAAGUUUAUAGAAUAGAAGGAGAUGAAAGCUCAACUGAAGCAGCCACAAGAUUGUCAGCCUAUGUCUCCUAUGGAGGUCUACUUAUGAGGCUUCAGGGAGAUGCAAAUAAUUUGCAUGGCUUUGAGGUGGAUUCCCGAGUGUAUCUGCUAAUGAAGAAGCUUGCAUUCUGAGAUAGAAGAACAGGAAUGUGGAAAUCAUACAUGUGCUUAAGUUAUCAAUGAAAUCAAAUUUGUUUGUUGAUACUAGUCAACAAAUGAUUUCUCACACCAAAGUUGUAAAUGUCCUACAUUUCCAGUUCUCCCUGUUUCAAAGGAGAUGACGUAGGAAAGUAACUAUUUAAAAUUAAUGACGGGCUUAAAUUUUUCAAAAAAAUUUAGUGGCCAUAUCAUGAAAAGGAAGUAUACGUUUUUUGAUGUUUGUAAAAUGGAAUUCUUUGAACAGAAUCCAAAUAAAAAUGUUGUUUCAAAAAUAACAUUACAUGCCAUUUAAUGCUAUGACACUGAGAUCUGAGUUAACUGAUAAUGACACUCUUUAAUUAAAGGCCAUAUUUAUGAGCACAAAAACCCAAAACGUAACCAAAAGGACUAAUGGAAUUGAAAAGUAAUGAUACUUAAGUGGCCUUUAUCAUUCCCCAUGUGAAACAUUGCAUUUAGUUUGGGCAUUGAAUCUUGGGAAAGAUGCACAUCUGUAAGUAGGCAUAUCGGGAUGAUAAUCACAAGGGUUCAAAUAACAAACAUUUAUUUAUUAGACUUAAGAACACCAAGUGCUUCACGUCUAAAUGCUUCUGAACUCUAACCACUAUUACCAUUUUUGGUAAUUAAAAACCUAGAGCAUCCAAUUUGCUACUCUGAGAUCCAGGAGAUCCAACACAGAAUAAUGACAUGUUAGUUGGUUUUAAAUAUUGCCCAAAAUUUAAAAAAAUAAAUUAUGAAGCUGUGUUACACUACUAUGAUAUUUAAAAGAUUGACCAAACUGCUAAAUGAGAUAAUUAAAAUAAUGAAUUUGAUAUGCUGAAUCCAGAUUGUGAAAUACUGGUGUAAAAUCAGAAAACAUGCCACAUAUAAAAUAAUAUACCACUAAUUCCUGAUGUUUGGCCAACUAAAAAUUCAAAAAGUAAAAGUUUGAUUUUGUAAAGCAAGCGUAUUAAGGGAUGUGAAGCAAAGAUGGGUAAAUGGAUUACAAGCACACAUCUGUCCUCUAACUAAAUGGUGGGACAUGCCUGUUCCUGUGAAGACAUGGUUCAAUCCCAUGAAGGGACAAAAAGUGUUUAUAAAGAGACAUGAAGCGUCUCAAAGUGUUUCAAAGCUACUUAACAGUUGUCAGUGUGUCAGUUUAUCAUUUGCAUUGUCCCAGUGCAAAACAGUUGAGUGAAGAAGAGAAAUUCACAAUGUUGCAAGAAAGGAAUGAAACCAAGGAAUAGUGUGCUAGGCAUGACAGCAAUAUGCAUUAUAUUCAUGUGAUAUUUUAUGUUUUGCAUUUCUGAUAAUUUAAAAACUAAUAUCCACUAAAGCACAAAUAGUGUAAAAAAAUGCAAUAAACGUUUGAUAAUUUUGGAACUGCAAUUUCUGAGUUAUUACAAAAGAACUUGAUAAUGUACACCCCAGAGAACAAAAAAGAAAUAGGUCCUGGAAAAAGUGAAUGCACUGGGGUCAUCUUCUAAGAUUCUUUAGAAUCUGUGGAGCAGUUUCUACAGACUGGAGGAAUGUAGUGGUAUUACCACUAUUUUAAAGAAAGGAAGAGGUUAAAAAAAGAACAAAAUGACAACCUCGUAAGUCAGUAGUGGAGAUGAUAACAGAAUCUGUUGUAAAAACUGCAAUAACAGAACAUUUGAGAGGUGUAGACAAUUAUGAAAAAGAAAGCAUACUUAUUAGUGGCAUUUUUUUGAGUAUGUAACUGGUGGAUUAGAUGAAGGAGAAGCAGUGAAUACUUAUUUUGAUGCUUAGGAGGCCCAUCAUAAUGUCCCACACAAAAUGUCAGUGCUCAGGAUGACGGUACUUUGGAUGGAUUCUCAUAGAGACGUGGAUGAAAAUUGGUUAGAUAGGAAGCAUAGAAUAAAUGGGUGUUUUUCUGGGUGGCAGCAAAUUCUGGAGUGCACUAGGGAUAAGUGCUUGAACCCCAGGCAUCCACAACAUGAAUGAUUUGGAUAAUGUAUUUAAGUUUGCAUAUGACAUACAGAGAUGGGGGCUACGAGCUGUGAAGAGGAUUCAAAGAAGAACCAAUGUAGACAGGUUGGCUGUCACUGAAGCUCAAUGCAGCUGGUGCUAAAGCUCUAUGGGGAAGGACUGCAAUCAAGGGUCCUUCCAUUACUGUACCAGGAGGAGCGGGGAAGCUUUCAAACAAUGAAAGGAAUAUGGCCUCAGGGAGCCAUAUGAAUGACAGUGCUAUAGUUGUUAUUUUUUAUUACAAGUUUACACUCCUAAAUAUAACAACCAUGAAUAUAAAAGCUUUUAAAUCAGGUUUAAUAUCACUGACAUAUGUUGCAAAUUUUUUUGUUUUGCAGUAGCAGUACAUUGGAAUACAUACAGAAACUACUUGUACUGUGUGAACUUUUCCUCGCGGUCGCAAGUAGUUUCUGUCUGAAAUUUAAAAAACCUAAAUUUCAAGUGUGUGUGUGUAUGUGUAUAUAUAUACGUAAUUUUAAGUUUAACUAAGUUGUGCACGGUUUACUUUGUAUGUUUUUUGUUACGA